AUGUCGACAAAUGAUUCGAAACUGUUUUCAUCAAUUAAAUAUUUUGCAUCGGGUUUUAAUGAUUCUUCACUUGAAACACAGUUCAAGCAAAAUGGUGCUAUCAAAUUAUUCUAUUUAACUGAAACAACGACACAUGUCAUUUGCGAUGAUUUUGACAGUAAUAAAGGCGAAUUGGAACAAGCUAUUGAAAUCUAUCAAACUCCAAUUGUCAAUUCCAGUUGGAUAACAGCAUGUCUCAGAUGUAAUACUUUAUUACCAAUUGAUCCAUUUCGAAAUGACGAUCGUCAUCAAUCCGAACAUAUCUUUCGUUCAUGUACAUUUGCGAAUGUGAAUUUAUCAAUUGAAGAUCAAAAUAAAAUCUAUGCACUAGUUACGUAUUACGGUGGACAAUGGACGUCCGAUCUUGACGAUCCUAAUUGUACAUAUCUGAUAUGUGCAUCGGCAUUCGUCAAACCAAAUUUGGAAGAUGAAACAUCAUCGUCUGCGAAUGUUGACGAACGUCUUCAACAUGCAUAUGAAAUUCAAUCGGAAAAAGUUCAUUUGAUCACACCUGACUGGAUUCUCGAUUGCUUGAAUGCAGGUCGAUUGUUAGAAGAAAACGAUUACCAUCCUGAUCUAUUACGAGAUCCAAAUGAUCUCAUGGAUGUUGAUGAAGAUGACUUAGAUGAUGAUCAGACCAAUGAAAAUCUGCAAAAUCAAUCGACAGAUGAGCAAAUAUCCGUGAAAUCAACAACUGUUGCACAUCGUUCACAAUUAAUAACCAAAAACUUUUUCAAUCAAGCUGAUCAAACAACACCGCCACCAUCAGCAGAACCAGUCACAGGAAUAAAUGACGGAAGUAAUCUUCCAGAUUCAUCCGAUACUUCUCAAACAAAAUCAUUUCUACCGAAACGAUCUCGUGCGCGCGCAACAGCUGGUACACCACGACAGCGUAACAAGGUCAAUGCUGCAGCACAAAACAAUGUUCAUUCAAAUCAAAAUGGCCAUUCAUCGACAACGAAAGACGGAAAUCUUUCAACGUUACCAAUUGAAGAGAAACUAAUUCGUCCAUCUGUUUUAAUGAAUUUAAUCAACAACAAAACGACUUCUCAAACAUCACGUCAUCCACCACCUGAAACUCUUUCUUACGAACUCAACUAUUGUACACAAGAUAAACGUGAAUUAGUCCCAUCGUCGCAGUGCUUAGUCGGUUGUGUCAUUUAUAUUCACCAAUGUGAAUACAAUUCCACCGUUUCCAAAGAUCAAAUACCCACAUGGUCAAAAACCAUUACAGAUCAUUGUGGUUUAAUAACAGAAGAUCCAAAUGAUGCUAAUUUAACCCAUUUCGUUGCUGCUUAUCGUACGAGUGAACUUUUUCGACAAGUAUGUAAACGUAGAAAUGUCCGAAUGGUCACUGCACAUUGGUUAAAUGACGUUCUACAACGGAAAAAACUCUUCGUACCUAAUCUAGCCAUUCAUUAUCCAUCACCCUUCGAUCCAAACGAUCCGGAAAAACUACCCUUGAUAAAAUAUUUCUUUACAAUGACUGGGUUCGACGGUAUCGAACGAGCACGUCUUCGAUACAUGAUACGUUCUCUAGGUGGCAAAUAUUCCGGUCAUUUAAGUAAAUGGCAUACGCAUUUAUUAGCGCGCGAGAAUGGUAAAACAGAAAAGUUCAAGAAAGCUUCGCAAUGGUCCAUACCUAUUGUCAAUGGUCUGUGGUUAUCGGAGUUGUAUCUGGGAAAUACUUGUGCACUUAAACAACCACUUGAAGAACGUUAUAAACGUUUGACUGGAACACCAACAAUCGAUCAUUUCUCAUUCGAUCAGAUUUUUGUGCAUGAUUUACUUUUACCGUGGUCACAGCCGAUUCAUAUUACAGAUGAAAUGUUAAAUUCAGCUAUUCAUCGUCACAAUGACCAACAACAUACACAAGAUAUGAAUGUCGUCAAUCACGAUCAUUUGAAAAUAGCUCAUCAUUAUGAUAAACCAGUCGACUCAUCGGUUGAAAUUCCAGUUCCGACCGAUGAAUCAAUUUCAAUUAUGCUCAGCGGUUUCAACAUGAAAAUAUUGAACCAUUACGAAACGAUUAUAAAAACCUUAGGUGGAAAAAUUUCCGUCUUACCUCAUACGACAACACAUUUGAUUAUGAAUCGAUUUUUACGCACAGAAAAACUGUAUGAAUGUUUGAAUUAUGCGACUUAUGUUUUAAAAACAACCUGGUUAGAUAAAUGUCAUGAAGAAAAACGUUUCUUACCAAUCGAAGAAACAGAUUGGAUUCUCAAUGAAGAAACUCAACCCGCAGAAAAUCUUUUCCAGCGAUCUAUAAGCAAACGUCUCGAGCGGCAAAAUCGACUCUUAUUUCUGGGUUAUACAUUCUUUUUAACACCAAGUGUUCAACCAUCUCCCACAAUUCUCAAAUCGAUUAUUCAUUCAGCUGGUGGACAUGUUCGUCGAGAAUUUCCAACGAUUAAACAAUUGACGACAUUGAAUGAGCAAAGCAAUCUUCCCAAUUGUUUAAUACUUUCAUGUGAUAGUGAUAGAUUCUUACUAAAAGAUUUACAGAAAUAUACAACUUCAGAUUUUUCAAUGAAAAUUUUAACGAUUGAUUUUCUUCUUCAAAGUAUUUUACAACAAGAAAUACUGAAUCUUGAUUUAUUUCUUCUUAAAAUCUAA